GGACAUGCGAAUCUAAGCUCCGGUCCCCCGAAGCCCAUCGAGACCCGUGCGACCCGGCGUCUCCGCCGCCGCCGGGCGCUUCCCCGCCGCCGUCGCCGGGCGCACACCCGUGGCCGUAGGGCGCGUCCCGGUUGCUGGCGUCUCCACGGUCCAGAAGGAUAUAUGCUGCAAAAUGGCUCAACCUUCUGUCAUUCUUGCAACUGCAAGCUAUGAUCACACAAUCAGAUUUUGGGAAGCCAAGAGUGGUCGCUGUUAUCGUACAAUUCAAUACCCUGACUCCCAAGUUAAUCGUCUUGAGAUAACCCCAGACAAGAGAUUCUUAGCUGCUGCUGGCAAUCCUCAUAUCCGCCUUUUUGACGUCAACUCAAAUAGCCCUCAACCGGUAAUCAGCUAUGAUUCACAUACUAGUAAUGUGAUGGCUGUGGGAUUCCAUUGUGAUGGUAACUGGAUGUACUCUGGCUCUGAGGAUGGUACUGUGAGAAUCUGGGAUUUACGAACUGGCACCUGUCAGCGAGAAUAUGAGAGCCGUGCAGCCGUCAACACUGUAGUCCUACACCCAAAUCAGAAAGAACUGAUAUCUGGUGAUCAGAAUGGAAACAUACGUGUGUGGGAUUUAGCGGCUAACUCUUGCAGCUGUGAACUGGUACCAGAGGUUGAUACUGCUGUAAGAUCUCUGACAGUUAUGUGGGAUGGGAGUAUGGUGGUUGCUGCAAAUAACCGUGGGACAUGUUACGUUUGGCACCUGCUUAAGGGUACUCAGACAAUUACCUGUUUUGAACCUCUACACAAACUGCAAGCCCAUGAUGGCUACAUUCUCAAAUGCCUGCUUUCACCAGAAUUUUGCGACCCUAACAGGUAUCUUGCCACAGCAUCAUCUGACAACACUGUAAAGAUUUGGAAUGUUGAUGGCUUCAAGUUGGAAAGAACUCUAGUCGGCCAUCAACGCUGGGUUUGGGACUGCGUGUUCUCCGUCGACGGCGCUUAUCUGAUAACUGCUUCUUCUGACACCACAGCGAGGCUGUGGACGAUGUCGACCGGAGAGGCCAUCCGGGUGUACCAGGGCCACCACAAGGCCACCGUGUGCUGCGCUCUCCACGACGGAGCCGAAUCGGCCCCCUCAUAAGCAUGCCGUGUGACUCUGCAUUCUGUACAUACCUUCGAUUUCAGAACUGUUUCAGCACUCGUGUAACUUGAGGACUACUGGUGGUUGAUGUUCGGUUGCUGAAACGCUGGGUUGUCGCUGUAGCUGUGCUAAUGUGCUAUGCAGCAAGCCUUUGGGCACCUGUACAAAUAAUUCGCAUGCUGUUGAUGGAUGUUUCUGCAAAUCUUUUGCUCCCAUAUGAACUGCAGGAAACUAA